GUUACCUCAGAGACAGCUAGUCAAUGGAGUCAAGCGGUCACGUCAAACCAUUAAUAUUGGCGACAAACGUUGCCGUCGCUGCUCAACAGAGGAUUAAUAGUUGAGAUAGUGCAUCGCUUACUUAUAUGUGUUAUUCAGACGACAAUGACAUCGAAAGAAUAGGUUUAUUCGGACUAAUUGGCCUGUUUGCAGCUGAGGCGCCCUGUCAACACAAAGGCCUAUGUAGGUAGCAAGUUAGCGUUAGCACGUCUGCUAGCUAGGAACUGAUACAACAUCAGCUGCCGCAAAUCUACGGACGUGCAAUUUAAUGUUUCACCUGUAACGACGUUUAUCUUACCUACCGACAAGACAGCGAGUGUUCGUCUCAUCGAGUAUGGCGGAACCGGGUGCUGUGGUCAUGCCGAAUUUAGACAGGAGCUGUUGGGUGUGUUUUGCCACAGACGAGGACGAUCGCACAGCCGAGUGGGUGCGUCCGUGUCGCUGCCGUGGCUCCACUAAGUGGGUCCAUCAGGCCUGUCUUCAACGCUGGGUUGACGAGAAGCAGCGAGGCAACAGCACGGCACGCGUGGCCUGCCCACAAUGCAAUGCAGAGUACCUCAUCGUCUUCCCCAAACUCGGCCCUGUGGUCUAUGUGCUGGACUUGGCUGACCGACUCAUCUCUAAAGCUGGCCCCUUUGCUGCUGCCGGCAUCAUGGUGGGCUCCAUCUACUGGACUGCUGUCACCUACGGAGCCGUCACUGUCAUGCAGGUGGUCGGUCAUAAGGAAGGCCUGGAUGUCAUGGAGCGGGCAGACCCUCUGUUCCUGCUCAUCGGCCUGCCCACCAUCCCCGUCAUGCUGAUCCUGGGAAAGAUGAUCCGCUGGGAGGACUACGUGCUUCGUCUGUGGAGGAAAUACUCCAACAAACUGCAGAUUCUCAACAGCAUCUUCCCAGGCAUCGGCUGCCCAGUUCCUCGUAUCCCAGCAGAGGCCAGCCCCUUGGCUGACCACGUAUCUGCCACACGGAUCCUGUGUGGUGCCCUGGUUUUUCCAACCAUUGCCACCAUCGUGGGGAAACUCAUGUUCAGCAGUGUCAACUCCAACCUGCAGAGGACCAUCCUGGGAGGAAUCGCCUUUGUGGCCAUCAAAGGGGCGUUUAAGGUCUACUUCAAACAGCAGCAGUACCUGAGACAAGCCCACCGCAGGAUCCUCAACUUCCCCGAGCAGGAGGAGGCCUGAAAAAGCUCUGAGGACGAUCUGAGGGCAGAUGGACGGAUGGACUGCUGGCUAAGCUGGAGGAGGGGGAGGAUAAAAACUGACAGACUCUGAACAGGAAGUGCUGCUGAAACACUAAGCAUCAGUGUCACCCUUUAUCUCCCAACACCUCCCCCCUCCUCCCCUCUCACCGACACGACACAUUUUAAACAUCCAUGUGCUGAAGAGAGACUGGAGCAUGUUCACACUCACGUUAACACUCACAUCUCUGGUGGAUGUGCUUCAACAAUCACAUGACUAACCCUCGUUGUAAACUUACUGUAUUUUAAAGGAGGAGGUGAGGCAUGUCUGUUUAGGUUUUAUAAUAUUAAUAACAAUAAAUAAUUGUUUUAUAAUGUUUAUUUUGCAGAUGUGAAGCCCUGCCUUUGCCAAUGUUUGGGUUUAUAGGGAGCGACAUUCGGUGUGAAGAAUGUAUUAAAGAUAAAAUAAUCAAAUGUGUUGUGAUUCAUGGCUGCAGUGCACAACAACAGCACACAGACUGAGCUGUUUAAGCUUUUAAUUCAAAUGUAUCUGCAGUGUUCAUGCUGAGUGUCUGCAGCUCUAACCCUACUUUAUAAAAACACUUGUGUGACGUUCAUCCAUCAUCACCUGAAGCUGUUGUACGGAGACUGACUGACAUUGUGGAUGGACUACAUAGAGGCUUGAUCAGCUCCCUGGUGAUGUUGGAUUCAGCACUUUCUCAGCAGGAAAAAUGAACUUUUCAUUGUGACGGUACAGUGUGACGUCUUUAUGAUGGCACAGACUACAGUGAUACUCAGACACUGAUCAGUACAAGUGACUCACUGGACAUUUUGGAAAGCAGUCUGGAAAAUUAAAGGGCCAGUUCAACCAAAUAACCCCCGCUUCAAUCACUUACUCUUAGAGAUAUUUAGCAAAGCAGAUGGACUCGAUCCAUUUCCCUCUGGUGUCAUGCUCAAGGUGUGAAGCUCAAAUUCUCUUUGGUCAUAUCUUUGUGUUCCAAGUUUUAGAGACAGAAGUGAUCGAACAAAUCAGAUAAAUUUCAGCAGUUUUUGAUUAAUCAGCAGCAGCCUGCAUCUGUGACCAGCUUUUCACAAUACUUUCUGUAUAGCUUGCUCAGAAAAGUAUUCUUCUUUCUCCCCUCUGUUGUUUUCAUUAGUUCUGUUUAAAAUAGCUUUUUAUGCUAAAUAUUUCUCUUCUUUCAAUCAAACUUCACAAAGAAAACAUGAAACAAUGCAAAGAAUUGUUUCAUAACAUUAGCAGCAACUCUACUUCUAAAAGUUGUACCCUUGAAAAGCCAAAGCCAAGCAACUGUGGUUUAAAAGAUCUCAAAAUCUCAUUUCUUCUUUAUUCUGAUUUGCCAGCGGGAAAGAAGUGGAAUUGAUGAGCACAAAGUUGUUAUAGAAGUUUCAGUAUGAUGGAAAAGGAUGGGUCAAGGUGCACACAUUUUGUUUCAAGUUAUAUGAAGGUAAUUUAAGGCAGUGGGUCCCAAUCAGGGGUCCAUGACCCCCUACAGGGGAUGCCAAAGAAAUCAGGGAGAUUUAAGAUUUUCAAUGUGUCCCAAAUCAUGUACUUCUGUACUAAAUACUGUAUAUUUUGAGUACACAAAAGCACAAAGUAUGUUCAAACUGACAAGUAUACUCAAAUGCAGUGUGCCAUUUUGCUGACAUAGUGGAUGUACUGCUAGCUUGCAAGCUAAAGGUUGCAUUCGCUAGCUUGCUUGUGUUGAUGGCAAUAACAGCAGAUUUCAAUCAAGAAAAACACAUUUAUGGUAGGGCAAAAUAAGUUUGUUGUCUUAAAGCGAAUUCUGUAAACACAAUCUAAAACAGCAGUGAGUGAAAAUAACUGUUAGUUUUUGGUUAUAAUCACCUUAAGUCCUUUAGGUGACUGCUGUUCAAAAGAAGUAGAAGAAGAAAACUGUGGCGGUGUAACCGUCGUCACUUCCUGUAAGUGCAAACCAGCUGUGUGGGAUCUGAGACAAUACUAACUAGUGAUUAAGUGCCGUGCGUUAAAUGUAAGUUUACUGUAUUACAGUAAACCAUCAUUCUAUGUGCCUAAUAUCUCUUUCUAUGUUGGUAAAUGGAGCAAAAUCAUCAUGAAAUAAUGUACAGGAUUUCUGUCCUGGAUCAGCAGCUGUAAACCUGGAAAUUGCUCCCUUGAACAGAAGAUCAGAUUAGUUUCUCCUCUGCCAUUUCUGUUAAAAUAUGCUGAGAAGUACAGCCUACUCUUGAUUUUGAUUGGCCAGUCAAGUAGGAUGGACAUUGACAAGUGCAGGGCUUUUUCAAAAGUUGAACUUUUAGGACUAAAGAUAAUAAAAAGCAAAUGUCUUAUCAUGUUAUUUCUCACAGUGAAAAGUGUUAUUCAUAACUAAAGGUAUUGUUAGGAGCUGGUUAAAUUCUGACAGCUGUUGUCAGAUGUGUUGUUUUAAAGUUUAGCCUUUAAAUAAGCUACAGAGUAAAAGAGACCACCAGCACUACUCCGUUUCCAUGUCUAAAGAUGCUGAUGUUGAGUAGGUAUUAGACAUUAUUUAUGAUCUGCUGCCAUUUCCUGCUGCAAAUAUUUGUGAUUAUUGAGAGAAGUAGAGCAGCAAUAAGACAUUUUCCUUAAGAUUUGAGCCUCCUACCCUGAGCAUGAAAUCAGAGAAAAACACUCUGUGAGUAUCUUUGUUCCAUUUGCUCAGGUUUGUGAUUUCUUCUAAGCAUUAGUGAAGUGAAUCUGGUGUCUUUUAGGACCAUCUCUCCUGUAGAAUUUUCUUUUCAGUCACAGUGAAAAGGGACGCCAUUUUAAAAGAGGCUCUUAGAUAUUUCUCUGGUUGUUAGAAACAUGUUGGUGCAUCAGUGGGUACUCUGGGAAGAACAGCUGAUGUUCUCAUACUUUAAAAAGAGCAAUGUGUGAGAAAAGGCUUUGUUAACCUUAGUGAACUGACUCCUUAAUGUGAUGGUUUCUUGUAAAUGGUUGUGAUCAUGAUGUGCUUUCUAUAGUAACAUCAGUAAGACUUCCUGGGAUUAUUUAAUCUGCAGACUUCACAUGUUGUUCACCUCCAGUCAGCCAAAAGACUCUAAGCUGAAAUGUUACUGGUUUUGACUUUAGAGUUCCUGUGCUAUCAGUUCUGUGAAUAAAUGUAUUUUUCCAAACA